AUGCUAUUUUAUUUUCCGUAUGCUUUGAGUGUAACUUAUAUAUCAGUUCUUAGUUUGUGUUGUGUUUUGGGUGUUUUUGUUUUAACACUAUGGGGUCAUAUCGCGCUCUCAUCACCGCACCAAACUUCGCUGUUCCUAUUAGAUAACAUUGAAAAAGAGGCACGAAUUUUAGAUGCAACAAUCAGGGAGGAACAAAAUAACUGGAUUUAUGUAGCUAAAAAACCUCAUUUACCUGUUAUUUUCGGAAGGACUGUAGAUAGUCAAUUACAAUUACUAAUCGACAAUUUUCUGAGAGACUUUGUUGCACGUUGGCUAAAAGAACUCUCAUAUAAACCAGAGCCUGUAAUUGAUAAGUUCAAAGAACACACUUGGAGCGCUGUCCAGAGUUUAUAUGAGCGUCUGUUGAAAGUUGAUGCUGAAAAAUUACUAGCCAAUGACAUAGUCACAAAAAUAACUCAACAUUUUGAAAGGAUCAGAAUAGCUAGAAGUUGUGCGUUGGAAUUAAAUCAACCACCAGUUUUUGCACUAGCCUCUCACUUGAUGUCAAGUGAUACCGAACUCCACUACUUGCGUCAAAUCAGUGAACUGAUUGUUAUGUUCUUGAUGCCACGCUGCUAUUCUUUGACUCCAGUUUCAUAUCUCAUGAGAGAGAUAUUAGCUUGCAAAAUUCUACAGCCUGCAAUUGAUCUUAUUACCGAGCCCGAUUACAUAAACCAAAAGAUAAUUCAAUAUCUUGAAGCUCAAAAGGAAGUAGAUGCAAUGCAUAUAAGGACACAUGAGUAUGCUAAAACAUUUGAAGAUUAUAUAAGGCUUAUUACAAACUGCAACAAUGUGGACACACUGAAACGUUUGAGAUAUGACAUUGUGACACAAAUUAUGCAAGCAACAACAUUACAAAAUAUUAAAAGGGCAAAAGGAAUAGAUAUUGAUGUGAUUGAAAAAAGUGGAAACCAAAACAAUAUUAGCAGGCAACAAGUGACUGAUGCUAAGAAAUUGAAAAGAUACAUCGACCAACUGACUAUAGCAAAAGCAGAGUGUGAAGAAGCUUUAAGGAAGUUGGGCUGGGAUGGAGCUUUUCCAGUAGUGGAGUCAGAUAGCAAGGCAAUGCCUCUACACAAAAUAAUGGAAAGCGUAAUAGGUCGACGCUACCUCUCAAUGUUCUUAGAAACAUUAUGUUCACAAGGAUUAGUCGGUUUCUGGUCAGCUGUUGAGGAAUUACGUCACAGUCCAAGAAGCAGUUGGCAUCAACUAGGAGCUGAAAUAUUUUACACCUACAUAAGAUCGCCUAGUGCAGAAAUUAAAGUUGACAAAGAAACUAGGAAAAGAAUGGAAGCAUUUCUUUUGGGUGAUAAAGGUCCAGAAGUAUUCUACGAAGUUCAAGAUACAGUUGUAGAUACUAUUCAAGAAAAGUAUUAUCAGUCAUUUUUGAUGAGUGAGCAGUAUAAAGGUUUAGUGGCUGAACUAGCCACCGAGGAGGCUAACCAAGAACUGUGUUCAGAAAGGUCUCCGAUCGAAGACCGUCAGCUAUCAAACGAUUCGGUAUCAUCAGCUGAAAGCGCGGGCACUGUCCACCUCGCUGAACAUUCCACGUACGCGCGGCGGAAACUAGAUCAGUUGCAAGAGCGACAUAAUAACAAGACACAGGCCCUGGCCGCACUGAGAGCGUCGCUGAAGCCGGAGUCGCCGGCGCUGGCGAUGUUGGCGAACGAGGUGGAGCGGCUGGCGGGCGAGCAGAUGCGGCUGGAGGCGCACCUCGCGCGCACCGACACCUGGGCCGAGCACCUCGGCCGCUGGCGCGCCACCGUGCACAGCGCCGAGAUCAUAGACGAAUCGAAGCCUCCCCAGUUCGUGAUAGUGGUGCAUAUGGCGGAGCAGGAACCCACCACUACAGACGAAAGACCCGAGCAGAUCUCCACUGGCUGGGUACUGUUGAGGACGCUCAAUGAAUUCCAGGAGCUACAUCGAAAAUUAAGGCCUUUGUGUUCAGAACUAAAAAAUUUGGAACUGCCAUCGAAUUCCUUUAAAUUUAUCUUUGGGAAGAAUGACAAGAACUCUCUGGAUAAAGCCAAGACUCUUAUCCAAAAGUAUUUAGAAUUCGUCUUAGAGGACGAUAGGUUAAACCAAAGCGAAGCUUUAUAUACAUUUCUUAAUCCUAGUUCAGAGUACCUCAAACAAGGAGAUCUACCAAAGAAGAAUAAAUUUUCAUUCUCAACGUUAUUUAAAAGUACAAGUAGCGACGUAACAAAUAGAUCGUCGCAAGAAAAAGAAUCAUUUCAGCAUUUGUCCGCCGAUGAAGAUGAAAUAUCACUAUAUUUAGACGGAAACGGUGGAGACGCGGCGAACAAGAAUAUAAGCAACUCAAUGCGUGGAGUUGCCCUGGAGGAACGGGAUAGCAUUGCGGAGCCGCUGUACGCGCUUCUCAGCGAGGUGUUCGACAUGCGCGGCGUGUUCCGUUGGCUACGAAAGACGCUCGUCACCUUCGUGCAGAUCACAUACGGACGCACAAUCAACAGGCAAAUAAAAGAGACUAUAUCGUGGCUGUUCUCUGAACAAAUGCUGCAUUACUAUACAAGUAUAGUACUGAAGUCCUGGUGGCCUGGCGGGGUACUGAGCGAGACCACGUCCAAUAGAAACAUUAGGGAUAAAGAGAAUACACGCACACUGGCGCUGCAACAGCUGAGCGAGAGCGUGGUGGGCGCGCUGUCGUCGCUGGUGGGCGCGCACGCGGCGGCGCGCGGCGCGCACAAGCUGUUCCACACGCUGCAGGAGACCACGCACAACAAGCAGCUCUUCUACGAGAUUUUCGAGCUUGUUCUUCUAGAAGUAUUUCCGGAACUAAAGCGCUAUCAAUAA